AUGACCCCAAUUGACAGCAAGUCGAACCUCGCUCGACACGGUGACCUCGAGGAGGUCACUUCUCACGAUGACAAUGCCCGAAGCAAUACUGGCGAACGUAUCAUCACUAUGGACCCCGAACGCAGGAAGCAGGUCGAGAAAUCUCUCAAACGCAAACUAGACGCUCGCUGUUCCAUCUUCGUUCUGAUCUAUAUCAUGAACUACCUCGAUCGCAACAAUAUCGCUGCAGCACGCUUGGGCGGUCUACAAGACGACCUCAACAUCAACAACACCCAAUAUGCCACCUGUCUAUCGAUCCUUUAUGUCGGUUACAUAUUAAUGCAGGUUCCCUCCAACAUGCUCAUCAAUAGGAUAUCCCGACCUUCUUGGUAUAUCAGUGGAGCAAUGCUCUUGUGGGGCUUGAUAAGCACGCUCUCCGGCAACACACAGAACUUUGGCGGUAUGGUAGCGGUGAGAUUCUGCAUUGGUUUCGUCGAGGCGGCCUUUCUGCCUGGAGCUCUACUCAUUUUGUCCAAAUGGUUCACAAAACGAGAGCUCACAACGCGUAACGCCAUCCUCUUCUGCGGCAACCUAAUCAGCAAUGCCUUCUCCGCCCUUGUGGGCGCUGCUGUUCUCUCCAACAUGGAAGGCACGUUAGGCCACCGUGCCUGGCGCUGGCUGUAUUGGAUCGAAGGCGCAGUCACCAUGUUCAUCGCCAUUAUGGCGGCCUUCAUAUUGCCAGAUCUGCCGCACAACACCCGGGGAUUCACAGCCGAAGAACGCGAAGUAGCAGUGUUGCGCAUGACCGAGGAUGUGGGCGAAGCCGAUAAGGACUCCGAUGAAAUGGGCCCCUUGGAUGGAUUGUACAUGUGCCUCAAGGAUUGGAAGAUCUACGUUAUGAUGCUGACUUUCACAUCGUAUGUAGUAGGGUUGUCCUUCAAUGCGUUCUUCCCUACCUUGACGGAGACGCUCGGCUUCUCCUACAUCCCGACCCUGCUCAUGAGCUCUCCACCAUGGGCAUUCUCUUGCAUUGUGUCACUUAUCAACGCCUGGCACACGGAUCGCACUCAAGAGAAAUUCUGGCACAUGGUCCUACCUAUUGCUGGCGGCCUCGUCGGCUUCAUCAUCUCCAUGUCGACCCUUAACGUCGCGGCGCGCUAUGUGGCGCUCUUCCUGCAGGCCUCAGCGUAUGCGGGCUUCAUCGUCUUCUACUCGUGGAUAUCUUCGUCCUUCCCUCGGCCCCCAGCAAAGAGGGCAGUGGCCAUCGCCUUGGUGAACGCAUUUUCGCAACUUGGCAACAUUGCAGGAUCGUACGUGUGGGAUCUGCCCGAGAAUGGCUUUAGGAAGAGCUAUGGCAUUGUGACGGCGAUGUUUGGGGUGACGAUCAUUGGGAUUUGGAUCUUCAGAAUGAUCUUGGUUGAUCUGAACAAGAAGAUUGAAGCAGGCGAGCGGGCAUGGGACACCAGAGGCGAUGUCGCAGCAGAGACGGCUGCGACCGAGGGUGUCACGGUCGAAGAAGGGCAGAAGCUGCAAAGGGGUUUCAGGUAUCUGGUGUGA